UUCUUGGACCAGCAAGCAUCACAACAGGACGUACAUAUAUAGUUCUCAACCCCUCGCUCAAACAAUCAUCAGCUAGCAGCCUCGAAUCAUCAGCAUGGCUUCUGCUGGCCGUCGUCCCACGGUGCUCCUGCAGAUCGCUCUCUUCGUCGUCGUCACGGCGGUCAUCAUCAACAGCUCCGUCUGCCUUGCCGCCGGUGGCCACGACGGCACCGGCACUGUAGUAAUUGGUCAGUCCACAAUACUUAACUACUGUCCAGGCACCGGUAGUGGUAGCAAUGACCCAAACCAUCCUGUUUUCCCGUCGCCGCCUGGUAAACCCUACACCGGCCGUGGGUGCCGCACAGUUUACGGAUGUAGACCACCGGCAGGUGGCCAACCCUGA